GGGACGCAUCAUGGUUCUUCCAUGGCGCCGCGUUACGUACGUGCAGCUACAGGAAGCGGCAGCUGCUUCUUGGUCGUCUUGUAGGGGUAGCUUGUGCUGUUUUGUUUAAUCGGAAACUCAUGCAGAGAUCAUUAGCUAGGGUCACUGCUGUGCUGCCUUGCUACUGGCUGAUUACUUUACGCGGCUUAGUUGCUUGUCUAUAAAUACAGACUCGGUUCGAUGCGCUUCUUCUUCAUCCAUUGCCAAUCUCUUCUCAGCUUCUUCUUCUUCUUCUUCUUCUUCUUCUUCUUCUUCUUCUUCCAUUUGGCCAUCUCAGCUUCUUCUUCAGCGCGCGGUUAGUGAGAAAUAAUGAAUAGAUUUGCGUUCGAGGAGAGGGCGCGCGUGCUGCUGCUCGUGUCGCGGGAGCAGGCGAUGCCGGUGCCGGUGGCGGUGCGCGGUGACCGCGCCCGGGAGCAGGCGUUCGUGUGCAAGACGUGCCACCGCGUGUUCCCGUCGUUUCAGGCGCUGGGAGGGCACCGUGCCAGCCACAAGAAGCCGCGGCUGGACGGAGACGGCGGCCUCAAGCCCAAGAUGCACGGCUGCUCCGUCUGCGGCCUCGAGUUCGCCGUCGGCCAGGCGCUCGGCGGCCACAUGAGGCGUCACCGUGCCAUGGUUGCGGGAGGCCACGGCGUCACGGCGGCGGCGGCACGGGCGGAAACGAUCAACAACCUUGACGACAGUGGCAACGCCGCUGUGGUUGUUGGCAGCGGGGGCGGCAUGAAGCGCGGGCUCUGGCUCGACCUGAACCACCCUCCGUGCGACGACGGCGACUGCGGCCAUGACGCCGCCGCCGCUGGGUACACCUUCCACCAGUUCUUGGAUGCCGGCACCAUGCCGGUGGACUGCGUCGGCUACUAGCUCCUCUCCCUCUAUCGCCGGGCAGUACAAUUAAUAUCUGUGUGUGUGUACCACUACCUACUACUUUAGGUUCUCUUUUCUCUCUUCUUCUUCUUGGAUUGGAUGAAGACAUCAAUCCACAUUUUGUAGUAGUAGAUGAGUGCCUAAUGGAAGGGCAUGACGCACAUAGUAGAUCAUGACAGUGUGCUCAAUUUGGUGUGGCUUGAGGCCCACCAGAACUAAUCACCUUGGGUUUUUUCUGUUAUUAUUGUUGAUGAGAAAACCUUUGGUCAAGUGGCCCAAUGUAAUUACUUUGUCAUUGUAUAAUAUAAAUGAAGCUAGCUUGUGGUUGUUUUUU